GCGCUAUUUUGGUUUUCAUAACACGUUAAUAAGGAGUGUCUACGGCGAUGGACUCCUCUACAUGUCCUGCAUCACAAUGAUAUCCACUCUUAAUGUGAUUAUUGUUUUGCACAGCGUUCUUGCAUCGCGAAUACUAUUUAGUCUUCAAGCGGACAGGGAGCAAUCGGUCAUCCCCACAUACCUAUCGACGAAUGCGCCGGAAAUGCAAUCGAUUCCAGAUGGGUUUCAAGCGUGGUAUGAAGGCAGGGAGACAUUUACUGGUGCUGGCCAGCCAGAUCAAGCUUAGACGUGCUAAUAAUUUUGUGAGUCCCAUGGAUAGCAUUGGCAUUUUAGUUAGCU